UCAGAUUUCUUGGCUUGAAAACAUAUAAAAGGUGCUUCAAGAAAAGGCACUAUGCUGAGACCCCGUGCAGGCUUUCCACCAUGCUGGAACUGGGCUCGUGUUCGGUCACCUCUGCGUCUCUGACAGGGGACCGCCAUGCUCCGGGGCGACAGAGACCCCCAUUGGGGCAAUCAGAGUGUCCUUCGAGGGGUCUGGACGUGGGGCCGAUGUGUGGCAGCAGCACCCCGAGGCCCCACGCCCUGCGCCCCUCCCCGACGGAUCCUGACAGAUGGCAGAAACGUCGGCCCGGAGAGUCCCCCUCCCUGCUGGAGCCCCAGAGCCUCUCCACCAGCUUCGACACCCUCUACCUCCCACAGAUGCCGGGCCACGACCCCCCCAACCGCCUGGGCCUCACUCUGGACGUGGGCUCCACUUACGACGUGGGCGGAGGGAUGCUGGGGGUGGACGGAGAUCUGGCGGUCAGUCCCAAUGUGAUGAAGAGACGCCGGGGGGGUCUGAUCGAGCAGAGGGACAUCGUGAAAGCCCACCAGGCACACAAGAUCCACAGCACGCCUCAGGCCCGACGCAAGGAGUGGGAAAUGGCCCGGUUUGGAGACGAAGUCCCGGGCUUGCUGAGCUCCGGGGAUGGAGGCUCUGAGCUCCACCGGAUCCGGGAUGGGGGAGCUCUGUCCACAGGUGGCAUCUCCCCCGCUUUCAAGCAGACCAAAGCGCAGCGCGCGCGCACCAUGGCGCUGUACAACCCCAUCCCAGUGCGCGAGAACUGCUUCACCGUCAACAGGUCGCUCUUCAUCUUCGGGGAGGACAACGUGGUGCGGAAGUACGCCAAGAAGAUCAUCGAGUGGCCUCCGUUUGAGUACAUGAUCCUCACCACCAUCAUCGCUAACUGCAUCGUGUUGGCUCUGGAGCAGCACCUUCCCGGGGAGGACAAGACCCCCAUGUCCAAGAGACUGGAGAAGACGGAGCCCUACUUCAUCGGGAUGUUCUGUUUCGAGGCCGGGAUAAAGAUCAUCGCGCUGGGCUUCGUGUUUCAUAAAGGCUCCUACCUCAGGAACGGCUGGAACGUCAUGGACUUCAUAGUGGUCCUCAGUGGGAUCCUGGCUGCAGCGGGAGCCCACAUGAACAUCUCCGUGGACCUGAGGACUCUGAGGGCCGUGCGAGUGCUGCGACCCCUCAAACUGGUAUCCGGCAUCCCCAGUCUGCAGAUCGUCCUGAAGUCCAUCAUGAAGGCGAUGGUUCCCCUGCUGCAGAUCGGCCUGCUGCUCUUCUUCGCCAUCCUCAUGUUCGCCAUCAUCGGCCUGGAGUUCUACAGUGGCAAGCUGCACUACACCUGCACGCCGCAGCAUGGCAUUCUGGAAAACGAGACGGUGGACUCCUCGGAGUACGAGGUCCCGUGUGGCGUGCGUCGCUGUCCGGAUAAAUACUCCUGCAGCGACACGUGGAUCGGUCCCAACGACGGCAUCACGCAGUUCGACAACAUCCUGUUUGCCGUGCUCACCGUCUUCCAGUGCAUCACCAUGGAGGGCUGGACCACCGUGCUCUACAACACCGACGACGCUCUGGGCCCCAACUGGAACUGGAUUUACUUCAUCCCUCUCAUCAUCAUCGGCUCCUUCUUCGUCCUCAACCUGGUGCUGGGGGUCCUCUCGGGGGAGUUUGCUAAGGAGAGGGAGCGGGUGGAGAACCGGCGGGCGUUCAUGAAGCUGAGGCGGCAGCAGCAGAUCGAGAGGGAGCUGAACGGGUACCGGGCCUGGAUCGACAGAGCAGAGGAGGUGAUGCUGGCCGAGGAGAAUAAGAAUUCAGGACCUUCUGCCCUCGAUGCUCUCAGGAGCCUCCCAGAUUGGAGCACAGGCGGAGUCUAUGUGCUGAAGAGAGCCACCACCAUCAAGAGGAGGGGGAUGGACGCGGGGCAUCGGGGGCAACCUGGGGAUGAACAAUAUGGGGACGUCUCCUCUGUGGGCAUCCCGAUGAACAGAGCCAGUAUCCGGAGCGCUAAGCGAGGUCCGACGGCGUUCUUCCGCCGGAAAGAGCGCCUGCUGCGCAUCUCCAUCCGCCGCGUGGUGAAGACCCACACCUUCUACUGGACCGUGCUGGGGCUGGUGGCGCUGAACACGCUGUGCGUCGCCAUCGUGCAUCACAACCAGCCGCUGUGGCUGUCCCACUUCCUCUACUAUGCAGAGUUCCUGUUCCUCGCUCUGUUCCUCACGGAGAUGUUUCUGAAGAUGUACAGCCUCGGCCCUCGUCUUUACUUCCACUCGUCCUUCAACUGCUUCGACUGCAGCGUGAUCGUGGGCAGCAUCUUCGAGGUGCUGUGGGGUUUCUUCAGGCCGGGAACCUCGUUUGGGAUCAGCGUCCUGCGAGCUCUCCGGCUGCUGAGGAUCUUCAAGAUCACAAAGUACUGGGCGUCUCUGAGGAACCUGGUGGUCUCUCUGAUGAACUCCAUGAAGUCCAUCAUCUCCCUCAUCUUCCUCCUCUUCCUCUUCAUCCUGGUCUUUGCCCUGCUCGGCAUGCAGCUCUUCGGCGGCAGGUUCAUCUUCGAGGACGUCACUCCAACGAACUUUGACACUUUUCCUGCAGCCAUCAUGACCGUCUUCCAGAUCCUGACCGGAGAGGACUGGAACGAGGUGAUGUAUAACGGGAUCCGCUCUCAGGGAGGAGUGAAGUCCGGCAUGUGGUCCUCCAUCUACUUCAUAGUGCUCACGCUGUUUGGGAACUACACUCUGCUGAACGUCUUCUUGGCCAUCGCUGUGGAUAACCUGGCCAACGCACAGGAACUCACCAAGGAUGAAGAGGAGGCGGAGGCAGCGUUCAACCAGAAGCACGCUCUGCAGAAGGCCAAGGAGGUCGGGCCGUUGUCCUCCUUCAUGUCCUCAGAUGGCAGCCGGAGGCGGCGGCCCUACCUGUACAGGAAGCGAGCGAUCCACCGCAGCCGGCCCACCUACUCCUGCAGCCUGGAGGAGGGCAGCGUUCGGGAGGGCCGCCACCCCCCACCACUCAACCCCUCUCACUGUUUCAUGUCCAGGAGGGAGAGGAGGAAGAGGAUGACCAUGUCGGUGUGGGAGCAGAGGACCAGCCAGCUCAGGAGACACCGGCAGAUGUCCAGCCGAGAGAUCCUGUUCAGCAGCCCGACCGAGGAGAAGGAAGGACCCCCCACUGCCCCCGCCCCCGCCCCCGCCGCCGCCGCUGAACACCCACAGUCCCUACACCGAAAGGCCGUGGAGCACACACACUCAGGGAGUUUAAAGAAUGACCCUUUAGCAUCGCCGUCCAAAGACCCUGCUGCAGGCUCCUCUGUGUCUCUGGAGAUGCCCACCCUAUCCGCCGAACCCCCUCUGGUGGAGGGUCCAUCCCAUAAUCCCCCUCGUGAUGCACCUAUAGCUCUACCUGAAUCAGACUCAGGUGGAAAACUGUCCGUUGAUCCGACCCACAGCGAGCGCCGGAGCCCCCGGUUGAACGGCGAGCGCCAACACAGAGCGGUGAAGAAGUUCAGACCUCCGGAGAACCCGGACUCUCUGACGCCCGAGAUGGGAGGUCACGGCGGGGUCAGGGGUCAGAGGGGGAGGCAUCACGGUGAGCAUCAGAGGGGGGACAGGAGUCCGGCGUCAUCGCCCGGGGAUGGAGGUCAGACGGUGAGUCGAUCGGCCAGCGGAGAGAGGAGGAAACAUCCUGGGAGGGCGGAGGAGGAGAAGGAGGUGGAGACCAAACCGGAGGAAGAAGUGUCCAAACCGGAGGAGAGCAGUCAGGGUGAAGGUGGACUCACUGACCAACAGGAGAGUCAGAUCCACAUCGGAGAGCAGGAGGAACCUCCUCAGAAACCAGACCCAGAUCCACCGGUCCCAGGAGAGGAGGAGAAGUGUCCGCUGAGCUCCAGCGUGAUCAUCGAGGUUCCCAGCGCUCCGUCCGGUCUGGAGCUGUCCACCAUUACAGUGAAUAGUAAGGACCCUGACUCCUGUAGAUCAGAGAAGGAGGAGGAGGAGGAGACAAAGCCGGCUGUGACUCCAGACAGCAUGUUCAUCUUCAAGCCCGACAACCCUGUGCGACGGGUCUGUCACUACGUGGUGAACCUGCGCUACUUUGAGAUGUGCAUCCUGCUGGUGAUCGCUGCUAGCAGCAUAGCGCUCGCUGCUGAGGACCCAGUGGCCACCUCCUCCAACUGGAACAAGGUUCUGCGGUAUUUCGACUACGUGUUCACCGGAGUCUUCACUUUUGAAAUGAUUAUAAAGAUGAUCGACCAGGGUCUGCUGCUCCACGACGGCUCGUACUUCAGAGACCUGUGGAACAUUCUGGACUUCAUCGUGGUGGUGGGAGCGCUGGUGGCCUUCGCCCUCUCCAAUGUGAUGGGAAAUAACAAGGGACGGGACAUCAAGACCAUCAAGUCUCUGAGAGUGCUGCGAGUCCUCCGACCGCUGAAGACCAUCAAGAGGCUUCCCAAACUCAAGGCGGUGUUUGACUGUGUGGUGACGUCUCUGAAGAACGUCUUCAACAUCCUGAUCGUUUAUAAACUGUUUAUGUUUAUCUUCGCCGUCAUCGCCGUGCAGCUUUUCAAGGGGAAGUUCUUUUACUGCACCGACAGCUCCAAGGACACGGAGAAGGACUGCCAGGGUUACUACAUUGACUACACGAAGGACAAGAAGGAGGUGAAGAGGAGGGAGUGGAGGAGACACGAGUUCCACUACGAUAACGUGAUCUGGGCUCUGCUGACUCUCUUCACCGUGUCCACCGGGGAGGGCUGGCCGCAGGUCCUGCAGCACUCAGUGGACGUGACGGAGGAGGACAGGGGUCCGAGCCACGGCAACCGGAUGGAGAUGUCCAUCUUCUACGUCAUCUACUUCGUGGUCUUCCCUUUCUUCUUCGUCAACAUCUUCGUGGCUCUCAUCAUCAUCACCUUCCAGGAGCAGGGCGACAAGAUGAUGGAGGAGUGCAGCCUGGAGAAGAAUGAGAGGGCGUGUAUAGACUUUGCCAUCAGUGCCAAGCCUCUGACCCGCUACAUGCCUCAGAACCGACACACCUUCCAGUACCGCCUCUGGCACUUCGUGGUGUCGCCGUCCUUCGAGUACACCGUGCUGGCCAUGAUCGCUCUGAACACCAUCGUGCUGAUGAUGAAGUAUUACUCCGCCCCGCCGGCGUACGAGGCCGUCCUGAAGCACCUGAACACGGCGUUCACCGUCCUCUUCUCUGUCGAGUGCGUCCUCAAGAUCAUGGCCUUCGGUUUUCUGAACUACUUUCGAGACACAUGGAACAUUUUCGACUUCAUCACAGUGUUAGGAAGCAUCACGGAGAUCGUGGUGGACGUGCAGUUUGUGGACACGUUCAACAUGAGCUUCCUGAAGCUGUUCCGGGCGGCUCGUCUGAUCAAACUGCUGCGCCAGGGUUACACCAUCCGGAUCCUUCUGUGGACCUUCGUGCAGUCCUUCAAAGCCCUGCCUUACGUCUGCCUGCUCAUCGCCAUGCUCUUCUUCAUCUACGCCAUCAUCGGCAUGCAGGUGUUCGGGAACAUCAAGCUGAACGAGGAGACUCACAUCACGCAGCACAACAACUUCAAGUCUUUCUCUGGAGCUCUCAUGCUGCUGUUCAGGAGUGCAACGGGGGAGUCGUGGCAGGAGAUCAUGUUGUCGUGUCUCGGGGGACAGAAGUGUGAGACGGACCACUCCCUCCCCCCGGCAGUACCGACGUCCGACCAGGAGGGGGGCUGUGGUUCAGACUUCGCUUAUUUCUACUUUGUGUCCUUCAUCUUCUUCAGCUCCUUUCUGAUGCUGAAUCUGUUCGUGGCGGUGAUCAUGGAUAACUUUGAGUAUCUGACCAGAGACUCGUCCAUCCUCGGCCCCCAUCACCUGGACGAGUUUGUCCGGAUCUGGGGGGAGUACGACCGCGCCGCCUGUGGUCGUAUCCAUUACACUGACAUGUAUGAGAUGUUGACCAACAUGUCGCCCCCCCUAGGCCUGGGCAAGAAAUGCCCCUCCAAGUUGGCCUAUAAGAGGCUGGUCCUGAUGAACAUGCCUGUAGACGACGAGAUGUCUGUCCACUUCACCUCCACCCUGAUGGCACUUAUCCGCACCGCCCUGGAGGUCAAGAUAGCCCGAGGGGGGGAGGACAGGAACCAGAUGGACCUGGACUUGCAGAAGGAGAUCGGGGUGAUCUGGCCUCACCUGCCUCAGAAGACGCUGGACGUCCUGGUUCCAAUCCACAAAGCCAGUGAUAUGACCAUCGGGAAGAUCUACGCCGCCAUGAUGAUCAUGGACUACUACAAGCAGAGCAAAGCCAAGAAGCUCCGGCAGCAGCUGGAGGAGCAGAAACACGCUCCCAUGUUCCAGCGAAUGGACGCCUCCUCUCUGCCUCAGGAAAUCCUAUGCAACGCCAAAUCCCUUUCAUUCCUCGGGCACAGCGCCGGAUCUGCUCUAACCAGAGGAGGUUUUGUGGCGCUCAGCCCCGUCUCUCCUCAAGAGAUGUUCCUGCAGCCGCUGUCUCGCUCCAGGGAGGAGAAGGAGGGGGAGGAGGAAGAGGAGGACGGCGACUACCGCUCCCCAUAUCACCCAUAUCCCUCCCCACACCACCACCACCACCUACACACUCUGGUGCCAGAUGUGGUGGAGUAUAACCAGGUGAUGCAGCAGGCCCGGCAUGACUCAGCGGUUAUUAAAUCCCCUCAGCGCACCGCCUCCAUCAGAGCGUCCUCCAUGCCCCGACUGGCUGUCGAUCCUCCGGCCGGUAUGUCUGCAGACAGUAAGCUGAUGAAGCGCUCCUUCUCCACCAUUGGGGACCAGUGUGUGAACGGCCUCUGGCAGGAGCAGCACUCUCUGGAGAGAAUCAGUCCGGACGGCACGUACCGACCGCGGCAGAGGAGCUACAGAGGUCCUAAAAACAACCCCAGAGAAACCAGCAGUCACGAGCGAGGGCGAUCUAAGGAGCGGCGCCACCUGCUGUCUCCGGACGUUUCCCGCUGCAACUCCGAGGAGCGAAGUCGAGACACGUCCUGUGAGAGGAGGCGCUCCCGAUCCCCGAGCGAAGGACGAACACACGCCUUACAGAAACAGGUGAACUCCUCCGGAAGCCCCGCCCACUCCGCCUCAGAGUCCGGUACGCCUCGUAAUCGCCGCCAGCUUCCUCAGACUCCCUCUCGCCCUCGACCGUACAUCUCCUACUCCCCUCUGGUCUGCCAAACCUCCGCCGCCCCAGCAGCAACCUCCCCCACCACUGUGCAUCCCCCGCCUCAGGAUGGAUCCUCCAAAGAGAGAUCGCAGAGGGAGACCAGUCCCCUACCUGCCGUCCAGGGGUCGUCCGGGGGUCAGAGCCACCCCUCGCCUCACCGCUACAUCUCAGAGCCCUACCUGCCGUUCCACGAGGACGUCGGCGCGGGAGGGGAGGGAGGCGACGGGGAGGAGACCCUCACCUUCGAGACGGCCGUGGCCACCAGCCUGGGACGGGCCAACGCCAUAAGCUCCGCCCCCCAGCUCAGACACUCCUGGCAGGUUCCCAACGGACACAUCCGGAAGCACCUGGGCCAGGCGAGUGCGGCGGGAGCCAACGAGCUGCUGAGCGACACGGACGAGGACGACCGCUGCUAAGAGGAAGAGGGAGCGACUCCUGGAGGCACAAGGAGAUCUGUGCUGUGUCUCACUCCUUACCCCUGCUGCUCCGAUUGAGUGCGUCCCAAUGCAAAGUCCGGCUAACUUACUCCCUGGAUGGUGCUCUCUUAUUGGUCCAAAUGUUGAGUGAUGAACGCUGGACUCUUCUCACACUCAUAGCCGCCGUGUUGACUACGUAGCUGAAGUUAAGCGACACGUUUUUGCAGCAACGAUGUAUGGCAUUAAAAGUUAUUCAUGUGGGGUUUGGGUUAGUAUUUAGGAAACACACCCUUAAGUUCUGAGUGUUAAUUGAGCAGUAAAUCUGCAGUGAUUCGGUAGAGCGAAUGAUCGUCGCUAGCUAGCUAAUAGCAUCGCUUGUUGCCGCCUGUGAGGACACAGUGUGUGAUUUAAAAGUCAAAAGUAACACAUUUGUUUUUAAGCACCACACGCAAUGACUACACCCUAAAUAUAUGGCCAUUGGUUACUUAAAAGAAAUGUGGCAACAGAGGGACACCUAAUAUAAUGUAGUACAACAAUUUGAUUCAAAGUUAGUCGAUGUUGACAAAAGAAAGUAAAGAAAUGUUGGAUUUAGUCAUUUAAUUCUGAGCAAAUGUAAGUGAGAGUGACUAAAUGUGUUGGAAUUGGAUUUAUAUUAAAUAAUCUAGGAGACAUGUUUUUCAAAUGUACUGAAUAUCUGCAGGAAAUUAACUUCACUAAACAUGAUUUAGACUGAAUAUCUUGGUAAAAAUGGUUUGAAUUCACUUAUUGUAGCGGCCAAAAUCCUAACGCCUACUGGUGCCGUGCUCCCAAAUAUACAACUACACCCGGUGCCCAAAGACGCCUUCAAAGUAGGAAAUAAAAGUCUAAGUAUGAAAUAAUUGAUAGCUCCUACAGUUAGAUUACUUUAAUAUUAUAACAGGUAGCUUUCAGGGUAUUCGGUCGUUGCUAUAAGUUUCAUUUACGGUGUCUUUAAAUGACAUCCACUGAUCUCCGUGCAGAUGAGGGAAGUAACUGAGUUGAGACACAGCACGUCUCCGCGGCAGUAGCAUCACAAACUGUCUAUCUGGAUCUCUGAGGUGUGUGUGUGUGUGUGUGUGUGUGUGUGUGUGUGUGUGUGUGUGUGUGUGUGUGUGUGUGUGUGUGUGUGUGUGUGUGUGUGUGUGUGUGUGUGUGUGUGUGUGUGUGUGUGUGUGUGUGUGUGUGUGUGUGUGUGU